AUGCGCCCUGACGCCACGUGGCAUCAUUCCUGCGACACCGCAGAUAAUAGCCACAAAGAGCAUGAGACUUGUCCCUCGCUCCCAAGCUCACUGGCCCACUCCACGAGUGUGCGGGGCGGCUUUCAGAUUCAACCCGCAGCGUGCGCGAGGCCUGUGUGCCUCAUCGCAGCAGUUGAAGUUGUCUGGGGAAAGUGCCAAGCUGGGAAAGCCCUCCAAAAGAUUCACCAGAGAGAGUCACUGUACGUGGCAGCUGCAUGUGUGGCGAGCUCCAUCUCUUCCUCGCUGCCAACGAGGGAAAUUCACUGCUAG